CUUGGCCACCAAAGAAGCCUUGUGAGCCAUGUGGACUUUCCUUGGCAUCGCCACCUUCACCUAUUUCUAUAAGAAAUGCGGGGACGUCACCCUGGCCAACAAGGAGCUCCUGCUGUGCGUGCUGGUGUUCCUGUCCCUGGGCCUGGUGCUCUCCUACCGCUGUCGCCACCGCAACGCAGGCCUCCUGGGGCGCCAGCAGAGCGCCGCCGGCGGCUCCCAGUUCGCCGCCCUCUCCGACAUCCUCUCGGCUUUGCCUCUCAUCGGCUUCCUCUGGGCCAAGUCACCCCCUGAGUCAGAGAAGAAAGAGGAGCCGGAGUCCAGUAAGUGCAGAAAAGAAACCAGCGUGUCAGAAACAACACUGACGGGGGCCGCUACCUCAGUAACAGCAUCUUCUCUGAAUGAUCCGGAAGUUAUCAUCGUGGGGUCUGGUGUCCUUGGGUCGGCUUUGGCGACGGUUCUUUCCAGAGAUGGAAGAAAGGUGACGGUAAUCGAGAGAGACUUAAAAGAGCCAGACAGAAUCGUUGGCGAGCUUCUGCAGCCAGGUGGUUACCGCGUCCUUAAAGAGCUGGGCCUCGGAG